GGGCCUCCUCCGGCCAUUGAUCCACUCGCGUGUGUCUGGCACGGCCGGCCGCGAUCGGGCGGCCGCGCACAUCCUCCGGCAAUUCCCCGGGGCCCUGGUCGACCGGCACACGGCGGCCUUCUGCGCGGCCCUGCGCCCGGGGGGGCCCGGCAGCCCGCCGGACGAGGCCACCCUCGGCGCCCGGUCCACGGUCACCAGCGGCAUCGGGCGCAUCGCUCAGGAAGACCCGCUGACCGAUCGCCACACAUGCGCCGAGGUGGGCGCGCAGCCCACCUUCACCGGGUGGCACAUCCGCCAGGACUCCCUGUGGGCCGAGGCGCCGGUGCCGCACGGCCGCCGGACCUUCCGCAACCUGCUGGUCGACACGCCGGCCGUGGCCCGGUGCCCCGGCGGCGAUGGGUAUUGCCGGGUGCCGGGCCCCCCCGGGCGCCAGCUCCUCCUGGCCGCGCACUACGACACCAAGUGGUUUGCGCCCGACCCGGCGGCCGGGGGCGAGGCAUUUGUCGGGGCGUCGGACUCCGCGGCCUCGGUGGCGGCGCUGCUCCAUGCGGCGCGGCUGCUGGCGCGGCUGCUGGCCGGCUUGCCGGAGUCCGCCACCGGGCCGGCCCCCCAUGCGGACCCGCCCUCCCUGGGAGUGCGCUUUGUCUUCUUCGACGGGGAGGAGGCCUUCGCCGAGUGGUCGGCCACCGACUCGCUGUAUGGGGCCCGGCAUCUGGCCAACUCGUUGUCCAUCCUGCCGCCGGCCGACCGGCGUCCGGCCACCUGCCUCCCGCGGCAGGUGGCCGCCGCCGCCGCCAAUGCCGCCAAUGCCGCCAAUGCCCCAGGUAGCAUGAUUGAGGCCUCGACCUGGGCCACUCUCGGCCGGUAUGUGUAUUGCGCGCGGCCCGGUGACCGGCAGCCGCCCGGGCGCCUGGCCGAUGUGGAUGCUCUCGUGCUGUUGGACUUGCUCGGGACCCGGCUGUCCGCCUUGCCGGCCGACAGCCCAGCACGCAUCUACAAUUCCCAGCCCAGCGGAUCGGCAUACUUCGAGCUUCUGGCCCUGCUGGAGGAGCGGUAUCGCCGCCCGUCCGAGGGGGGCCCCCUCGCGCACAACCCUCAGCGCCGGGCGCGGCCCUUUUUCGCGGACCCAGCUCCGCGCCGGUGGCCCGGGCCGUACUCCAUCCAG